AGUUAAACUUGAAGUUCAGUUAGUCACUGUCAGUGACCGUUGUUAGUCGCAUUUUGUUGCUUACGAUUUACCGCGGCUGUACAAGGACAAAGUUACGCUUUCUGAGAUAAAAAGUAUGAAAUUAAUUUAAUUUUAACAUUAAUUAAUCGUGUUUUAGUGAAAUUUCGGUUAUUGAAUAAUGCAGUUUGAUUAGCUUAUAAAUGUUUAUUUUGUCGUGAUUUCGCGUCCUGUGUCCUAUUGUUUGUGAUUGGGUCAACCUGUGCUUUAGAUAUGGAAGGAUGUUAUUAGCGAUUAUACUGUAAACAUCCUUGCUUCUACUUAAUUUGAUGGGAUUUUGUAACUGCGGCUGAGCGCGUAAUGGUGCGCGCUGCAGUGUUCCUGCUGGCGGUAGCACUGUGCCGCGCCGGCACCCUUGAUUCCGAAUUGGGCGUCGGUAAAUCCAUCAACAUAUUUAUGAGAUAUGGCUACCUCAGUAUUUGUAUGCGAGUGGUUCCACGUAAUGACACAGAGUCCUGGGUAUUUCGGGAGCCAACAGUCAGUGUGUUCAGGGACGUGGAAAAGUUCACAGUGGCGCCGAAACCUCGACAUGCGAAGACACUCUUCGACGGCGAUUUUCACAUGGAGUUCUGCGAUAACCUGAAACAGUUGCUGCAGGCGUAUUUCAGAGAUUUCAGCUUUGAGAGAUUAGAGCGGCCAUGGCGAGCGUUCACAGCGGGUUGGCCGACAGAUAUCAUGGCGCGGAAUUUGGGUAUCAACUCCUCUUUUAUCAACGGGGACCACUGCUAUGUACUUGUUAGGGUGUCGAGGUUUCGUGAAACGGCAAAACUAAGCGAUUUACCACCAAAUGUCCCGGUGGAGGAUGUAGUAUUCGAUGCCAUAAAAGACACCACUAUUGGCGACACGGUAUCUAUAGCAGAUUUCAUCAGAAAAUACGGAUCACAUUAUAUAGCAUCUUAUAUAACUGGAAAUUCAUUAUACCAGGUGUUUGUGUUCUCUCGUGGCGUGUACUCCCGGAUCAAAGAGCGUGUUAAGUCGCGGGGCGUGUCAGACAUACCCGCAGCUGAAAUGAACAAUUUCUUCUCCCCGUUAUUCGCGGAACACGUUGGCGCUGUGAAGGUAUUUGUGUUCUCUAGAACCGCAUACUCUAUGAUCAAAGAGAGACUUAAAAGCAAGGGCGUGGCUGAUAUAACUGCUAAAGAGUUGGAAGGAUAUUUCUCGCCAUGGCAGGCCAAGCAUAUUGGCCAGAUCAAGGUGGCGAGUGGAAAUAAAACAGUGGAAAGUUGGGCGAUGAAACGCCUCAGAGUACACUAUUAUAUAUUUUCGUACCCAAGUCUUUUAAAGCUGCACGGAGAGCCGGCGCUUUUAAGAAAUUUAGAUACAUUAUUAGGAAAUGAAGCCUUAUUACAAUUAGAAUUAAAGACAUUAGCGCCUGCUUUUAAAGACGCGCAAAAAAGAAAGUGGUUUGAAGAAGUGAUAGACAAUUAUUUAAAAUUGUGGGAGAGUAAUAUGUGAUAGAUAUUUUAAAGGGCAGAUUUUAAGAUGCACUCCAACCAUUCUGAACCUCGCAUUUUCCGGCUCGAUGGACCAAAAAUUUUCGAUUCGAGAAACAUUAAAUUCUUACUUAUUAGAUAAACUAUAUGUUCUAUUUUGGUCAAAUGAAUACUAGAAGCUUGGAGAAUCUUAAAAUUUAACCCUUAAAUAGUGCUGACAAGAGUAUUUUAGUUUAUAUUUGAUUUAUGAGAGAAUGCUAUAUUUUUCUGUGAUUGAUCAAUAUUUAUUUUUAUAACGAUUAAUUUUCCACCAGUGUAAGUACAAACAAUUAUAGUUUUAAUAUUCGUCCAUUAUAAAGUACUGUAUAUUUUUGAAACCUUAUACAAAAAAAUUAUUGCAUUUGUAUUUUUAUAUAAAGGCCAAUUUGUAUUUAAAAUAUAUAUUUCGUCGUCCUGAUUGCAUUUUAUAAGGUUUGUUGAUAAAUAUAUUGUGAUUCCUCUUUACAAUGUUUAUGAAGGUAUAAUCUAAAAGCGGUCACGUUCCUUACUACUACAUUUUAACGUCAUUUGCUUACUUAAGUGCGAACUUUAAAGUCAGAAUAUGGUCGUAAAAUAAUACCUGUUUUAAACAAUUUUAAGAGUCAAAAUUUAGGGCAACAAAUGGUCUCUAGAGAUUCUCUAUAUGUCGAAACUACGAACGAACUAAAUUAGUCGAAUCUCUCUUCGAAAUUCUCUUUUAGCUCAUCGUCUUACAAAGUAUUUACGAUGUAAUGUAAAGAGACAGACUGUAGUUGGAAGAGCAAUUAGACCAAUUGUUUUUAUAAAGAGGUAAAUAUAGGAAUCGGUGACUAUAAAUUUUUUUGUGGUUGGAGAAAGUUUUAUUUCCAUAGCUGACGUGGCGAGAACCACAUUUAUUGUUACAAAAAAUAUCGAUAAAUAUGUAUAUUUAAUUUUAUAAUUCAGAUGUCUACUUAUUUAUUUUUUAAUUUAUUUUAACAUGAUCAAACACGAUGCUGCAUUUACAACCCAACAGUGUUCUUAUUGUAUUAAAAUGUGUAAAUAUGUUAGUAUGUAAGAAUAAACAUAUUUUAUGAA